UGCACAUGCGCACUCCCGCCUGUCAGUGUGUAUCUUUCUGAAGCACUGUCAUUUUUAUCAUCAACACUGCCUCCGUUAUCGCUCCCCGUUCGCCCGUCGUCAUCACAGCGGAGGACAUCUCUCUCCCAGGCGGUCUUUUCUCGUCGGACUCGUUUGCCCGACAGAAGCAUGAGCGUGGAGGCGUAUGGGCCCAGCUCGCAGACGCUCACCUUCCUGGACACGGAGGAGACGGAGCUGCUGGGAGCGGACACGCAGGGAUCCCAGUACGACUUCACGGAUUUUACGCUCCCGAGCCAGACCCAAACACAAGGCCAGACGCAGAGCCAGCUAGACUGCCAGGUGAAUGGUCCUGAUGGGGUGCUGGUGAAUGGAGAUGACCCUGUAGUGAAGGCCACUCAGCUGCUGGCAGAGCUCAACUUUGAGGAAGACGAAGAGGAUGCGUUUUACAGCAAAGACCUGCCUGUACACGCCUGCAGUUAUUGUGGAAUCCAUGAUCCGGCCUGCGUGGUUUACUGUAACACCAGCAAGAAGUGGUUUUGUAAUGGCCGAGGGAACACAUCUGGAAGCCACAUUGUGAACCAUCUGGUGAGGGCAAAGUCCAAGGAGGUGACCCUGCACAAAGAUGGACCCCUCGGAGAGACUGUGCUGGAAUGCUACAACUGCGGAUGCCGGAACGUUUUCCUCCUUGGCUUCAUCCCGGCCAAAGCGGAUUCUGUCGUGGUGUUACUCUGCAGGCAGCCAUGUGCGAGCCAGAGCAGCCUGAAGGACAUAAACUGGGACAGCUCUCAGUGGCAGCCGCUCAUCCAGGACCGCUGCUUCCUAUCAUGGCUGGUGAAGAUCCCGUCUGAGCACGAGCAGCUGAGAGCCAGGCAAAUCACAGCGCAACAAAUCAACAAGCUGGAGGAGCUCUGGAAGGAAAAUCCCAGUGCGACUCUGGAGGACCUGGAGAAGCCUGGAGUGGAUGAGGAGCCCCAACACGUGCUGCUGCGGUAUGAGGACGCAUACCAGUACCAGAACAUCUUUGGACCACUGGUCAAACUGGAGGCAGACUACGACAAGAAGCUCAAGGAGUCUCAGACUCAAGACAAUAUCACAGUGAGAUGGGAUUUGGGACUGAAUAAAAAGAGGAUUGCUUAUUUCACGCUCCCGAAAACAGAUUCAGACAUGCGGCUGAUGCAGGGAGAUGAGAUAUGCCUGAGAUAUAAGGGAGACCUGGCUCCACCGUGGAAGGGCAUCGGACACGUCAUCAAAGUGCCUGACAAUUAUGGAGAUGAGAUUGCCAUUGAGCUCCGGAGCAGCGCCGGGGCUCCAGUCGAAAUCCCACACAAUUUCCAGGUGGAUUUUGUCUGGAAGUCCACAUCCUUCGACAGAAUGCAGAGUGCCCUGAAGACUUUUGCUGUGGAUGAGACCUCAGUCUCCGGUUAUAUUUAUCACAAACUCCUGGGGCACGAGGUGGAGGACGUGGUCAUCAAGUGUCAGCUGCCCAAACGCUUCACUGCCCAGGGCCUGCCUGACCUCAACCACUCACAGGUUUAUGCAGUGAAGACAGUGCUGCAGCGCCCCCUGAGUCUGAUCCAGGGACCUCCAGGCACUGGCAAAACUGUCACUUCUGCUACAAUAGUGUACCACCUCGCUCGCCAAGGCAAUGGGCCAGUGCUAGUGUGUGCUCCCAGUAACAUCGCGGUGGACCAGCUGACAGAGAAGAUCCAUCAAACUGGACUCAAAGUGGUGAGACUCUGUGCCAAGAGCAGAGAGGCCAUAGACUCUCCUGUGUCCUUCCUGGCUCUGCACAACCAGACCCGGAACAUGGACAGCAUGCCUGAACUGCAGAAGCUGCAGCAGUUGAAGGAUGAGACCGGGGAACUGUCUUCCUCCGAUGAAAAACGCUACAGAGCUCUGAGACGCACUGCUGAGCGGGAGCUGCUGAUGAACGCUGAUGUGAUCUGCUGCACGUGUGUUGGAGCUGGAGAUCCUCGUUUGGCCAAAAUGCAGUUUCGCUCCAUUCUGAUCGAUGAGAGCACCCAGGCCACAGAGCCAGAGUGUAUGGUCCCCGUGGUACUCGGCGCCAAGCAGCUGAUCCUGGUGGGCGAUCACUGCCAGCUGGGCCCUGUGGUCAUGUGUAAGAAGGCAGCCAAAGCGGGUCUGUCCCAGUCUCUGUUUGAGCGCCUAGUGGUUCUGGGCAUCAGACCCAUCAGGCUCCAAGUGCAAUACAGGAUGCACCCAGCCCUCAGCGCUUUCCCCUCCAACAUCUUCUACGAGGGCUCUCUGCAAAAUGGAGUCACUGCCGCUGACCGGAUGAAAAAAGGCUUUGACUUCCAGUGGCCACAGCCUGACAAACCGAUGUUCUUCUACGUCACUCAGGGGCAAGAAGAAAUCGCCAGCUCAGGAACCUCCUAUCUCAACAGAACUGAGGCGGCCAACGUGGAAAAGAUCACCACUCGACUGCUGAAAGGAGGAGCCAAACCCGACCAGAUCGGAAUCAUCACACCGUAUGAGGGUCAAAGGUCAUACCUGGUCCAGUACAUGCAGUUUAGCGGAUCACUGCACACCAAGCUCUACCAGGAGGUGGAGAUUGCCAGUGUAGAUGCGUUCCAGGGCAGAGAGAAGGACUUCAUCAUCCUCUCCUGUGUCCGGGCUAAUGAGCACCAGGGCAUCGGUUUCCUCAAUGACCCCAGACGCCUCAAUGUGGCGCUCACCCGCGCACGAUACGGUGUCAUCAUCGUGGGGAACCCCAAAGCCCUGUCCAAGCAGCCUCUGUGGAACCACCUGCUCAACUACUACAAGGAGCAGAAGGUGCUGGUGGAGGGGCCCCUGAACAACCUCCGAGAGAGCCUCAUGCAGUUCAGCAAACCCCGAAAACUGGUCAACACAAUCAAUCCGGGGGGUCGCUUCAUGAGCACUGCCAUGUAUGAUGCCAGAGAGGCCCUCAUCCCUGGAUCUGCCUACGACCGCAGCAGCAACGGGCGCUCCAGUCUUUACUUUCAGACUCAUGAUCAGAUCGGGAUGAUUGGCUCUGGAGCGAAUCCUCUGGCCUCUCUGAACAUCCCCAUUCCCUUCAACCUGGUGAUGCCUCCCAUCCCUCCCCCGGGGUACCUGGGCCAGGUCAACGGGCCCUCGACAGGUCGUGGAGGCCUCAAGGGAAAGUCGGGGGGAGGAGGAGGUCGAGGAGGCAGGCAGAGGGGCAGGAACAUGGGCAACAGUGGAGGAGGGGGGGACCGUGGGGGGCACAUGACCAGUCAGGCCAGUCAAGACCUGGGCUCUCAGUCCUUCUCCCAGGGACCCCUCACACAGGGCUACAUGAACAUGAGCCAGCCCUCCCAGAUGAGCCAGCCCGGUCUGUCCCAGGCGGAGCUCUCGCAGGACAGUUACCUUGGAGACGAGUUCAAAUCUCAGAUGGAUGUAGCUCUGUCCCAGGACUCCACCUAUCAGGGGGAGCGAGCCUACCAACACGGGGUGACUGGACUGUCCCAGUAUUAGACUGUUGCUGGAAGGAGCUAGGCCUAUGUUCUGCUUAGUUUGACGGUUUUAACGUGGGUGAAGACAAAAAAGAACCGACAUGGAUACCUGUUUUUCCACUGCUACAACCGAAGCACCACUGUGUGAAAAAAGGAGAGCGCGCGCGAGAAUCCGACCAAUCACAAGCCAGGGGACCGUGAGGCGGGAGAUCAAGCCGAGCAAGACAAGAUGGCCGACCGGAGACGCGACGGGGAGAGCCAGGUCCGCCCGGGCACGACGUCGCACGGAGGAGACCACACCACAUGCUCCCACACCGAGGAUCUUAAAGCAGGAUGGUUGAGAUUCUUGCCCCCGAAAGCUAGAAAAAAGGAGGAGAGGAGAUGUCUCACACUAAUGUCCUCCAAGGAGACUCUACAGGAUGAAUUCUGUGACUUGGAGAGAAGAGGGGACACAACUCUUGAAGCGGUUGAUAACACAAACUUUUUUUCUUUCUAACUCAGAGCUUAUACUUGAAGCAUUUUGGUCACACUUGAGUAAAAAUAUGUGUCCAAGAAGUAGCUGCCUCGAAGUGAGAGAGAAGAGAGAGAGGUCAACACAGCUUUUGUUUCUUAGCUUGAAGUUGAAAAGUUUUCUAUGAUUUAAAUAAGUUAAAGCGUGCUAGUGUAGCUAGAGAGUUGGCAAGUAAAUUAAAAAAGCUUAGAUUUACUAUUUGAAAAGAAAUAUACACACAUUUAAAGGUUCAUUAUGUAACUUUUCUGGUAGAGGGUCUGUCAAAUGUUUUUCUGUCAUUACUCUGCCUGAAAUGUUCCACAAUAUGAAAUUAAACAGCUCUACCUUACAUGUAUUAAAUUACAAGUAGUUUUAUAGCUUAUAAAGACCUAGAAAAACAGACAUUCUGACUGUGAGAAUGAGCGGCGUUGUUUCGCCACAGAUCUGACCUGUAAUUUGAUCUGGUUUGGUCUCCAUGAAAAUAGCAAGUUUUAAUGCCAUACUGUGAAACAUUCCAGACAAAGCAACAACAUCUCCAUGGAGAAAAGCAGUUGAUGGAGCCUCCACCAGAAAAGUUACACAAUGCACCUUUUAAACAUUGGUUUGAGACCAAUUCUGCCCAAUGUUUAAUAUGAAAUAUGAAAAACUAUGUUUCAUGUUUUUAGCCCUGAAUAAAAAUAUUGGGUUUCAAGUUGCCCAAAAGGAGACCACACACUCUUGUAAGUAGAGGUGCUCCGAUCGAUCGACUGCCGAACACUGAUCGAGAUGUUAUCAAAAAUAACAGAAUUGUGAUUGUGAAAUUGGGGUGAUCAGACAUAACAUCACCCAUGUAUGUAACGGAUGGACUGCCAGAAGCAUGUUAUUGGUUUAAAAUACCAGCAGAACUCCACUGAUACAGUAACUGGUGUGAUUUUGGUUGGUCAUAACCAUGGCCUAUUGCAGGGAUCUCCCAACUUUUUUCCUCCCAUGAGCUACCUUUACAAAACAAAAAUGUCAGAGAGCUACAAAGUCUACAACAAAUUUACAAGAAACUGAGUAAAUAUAAGACCCACAGUAAGCCUUACAUGGUGACAGUUAAAUGCUUACACAACAUAAACCAAUACUCUUUUAUUAGUGCACAAAAUUAGGCAUCAAAAAUGAAAAUCUGCUUAUUCAGCACAAUACACAUAAUUUCAGAAAUCCCUUGCUUUGAAGGGAGUGGAGAGCUACAACCUGUAGCUCAGCAGAGCUACAGGUUGGAGACCCAUGGCCUGUAGUAUUUUUAUUCAAAUAAUAAAAUCUCUUGCAUCACCAUAUCAAAGCCUGUGUGAUCAAUAUCUUCCAAUCAAAAAUUCAGAUUAUCAGUAUCUGUGGUUGGUCUCAAAAAUCCUGAUCGGAGCAGCUCUAGUUGUAAGUCAGUGGUGGGUUCUACCAUUGUAUACCACAUUAUUAAAAGUAAAUGUUUUUAGGAUUGUGUUAACGCACUUGAAAGUCGAUACAAAACUUCAUUAUAAUUGUGUUCGUUAAUUUAUUGAGACAUAUAUGGUUUUAGUGUUUUAGUAGAUGCAUAACAUAUGAACUUGUGUUUUCAACUAGGACUGGGUGAUAUGGUGAAAUGAAAUAAUGAAAUAAAACUAAACCAAAAAUUGUGAGCUCACCCCUGUGAUGAUCUGCUAUUUUGUUUAAAUUAUCACAUUCUGAAUACAGCUCUGAAACACACACACCUUUCACCACCCACUCCUCCUAUUGGUCAGUCCCUGAAUGAUUGACAGCUGGGUUCAACCAAUUACAAUGACAAAUGAACGUUCAGAAGAAGCAGGUGACUUACUUCUACAGUAUAAAGCUAUAUAAAGAUUCUAAGUUUACAAGAAUUGUGAUAAAAAUCGAAAAGGUGUUCUGGAUCUGGCUCCAAGAAAUUAGUGAUAUAAAUUUUUUUUUUAUCAUAUCACCCAUCCCUGUUUUCAUCACUAGUUUCUUACAUGAAAAGAUCUGUCACUAAAUCUUCCUGAGAGAGUAUUACAGUAUAGUAUAUCACUGUAAACAAGCUCUAAGUUAUUUCCCCCUGAAGUCAGUGGCUAAUGGUUUAAUUUAGUAGUCUUUAGAUAGUAUUGUGUGUUUCGGGACAUUCACAAACCCUGGAAUGUUAUGCAUCUAACUGCUGUUUAGCAGCCUUGGUCCCAGUCACCCUCUUUAUUUCAUAUAUUUCAUAUAUUUUAUAUAUAUAUCAGUUUAUAGUGGCAGUUUCCAUUGUUCUAGUGCAUGUCAUUAACCCUCCUCACAUGUUUUUAUCUUUAUUACUAACAGAAUGCAUGCCCCAGGUUGUAUGUUGAAAUUGUAAUGCACCAAUCCGAUACUGUUAUCAGAUAUCGAUGCUGAUCCUGAAAAUAUUUGCUGGAUCAGAUAUCCGCAUCCACAUAUUGGUUCAGUCGGUAUCCUGUUUGGACAUGUAAACUGAUGUAAUAAGGCAAUUUACUGGCCGUAAUCGCCCAGAAAGUUUCAUGUUUGAACUUUUCCUGAUUCAAAGCUCUUCAGUAGUGUGGGCUGUCAGAGGGUUUGGUUUGUUUUUCGUUUCUUUUUCUGUCUAUUUUGUUUUUGCUAUGCAUGCUGUAUGUUUCAAAAUUUUAAAAAAAAGUAUUAAAAUAGAAGCUACAUCACAUAUUUGUUUAGUCUUAUUUUAUUUGUGUUUAAAGGAAAUAAACUGUUUUCAGUCUCAGCCCUGGUAUUGUUAGAUACUUAAAGCUAAGGGAUUGGAAUCAGUAUUGGAAAUGAAAAAGCUAGAUCUGGAUUCCUACAUGUAUCUUUGUUCUGUUUCCAUAGUUUUAGUCCAUUGUUGUCAUUAACCCCCUCAUGCUUUUGUCCUCUUCAUCACUGACAGACUAACAGCAUGCUCCACAUCUCUGUCGGAAUAAUUUAUUUGGUUUGGUUUUGCUUUGUUUGCAGACUGAGAGACAUAAACUUUCAGAUGUUGUUCACCUCUACAUUUAAUCUAAGUGUCAUUAUGAGUAUUUGUGGCCAUUAAACUUUUUGUCUCGAGAAAUAAACUUUUCUUUCUUUUAGACAAUGA